AUGGUAUCAGUUAGGUUAGGAUCCUGUGGGAUCCCGUUCCGCCGUUCUCCGUUCCUGUUACCGCCCCCCCGUCGCGUCGCCUUCCCCCCCCUCGAGACGCGCCCGUCCCUUUCCCCCUGUCGCGUCGCGCUCCCCCCGUCGCGUCGCGUCCGCUCCUUCCCCCCCGUCGCGUCGCCUUCCCCCUGUCCCGUCACGCCCCCCCUUUCCCCCCGUCGCGUCGCCCUCCCCCUGUCCCGUCGCGCCCGCCCCUUCCCCCCGUCGCGUCGCCCUCCCCUUGUCCCGUCGCGCCCGCCCCUUCCCCCCGUCGCGUCGCCCUCCCCUUGUCCCGUCGCACCCGCCCCUUUCCCCCCGUCGCGUCGCCCUCCCCCUGUCCCGUCGCUCCCGCCCUCUCCCCCCGUUGCGUCGCCCGUCCCGCAUCGCCUGCCGCCGUCGCCCGCCCCCUGCGCGCCUCGCCGCGGCCCCGCCGUCGUCGCCCGCCGCUGCGCGCGUCGCCGCUGCGCCCCCUGCCGUCGCCCGCUGCGCGCGCUGCUGGCCCCUGCUGCCGAGCGCGCUGCCAUCGCCCGCCGCUGCGCCCGUUCCCGUUCCCCGCUGCUUAGUCCCCUGUUACCUCCCGCUGUCACGCCCGCUGUGGCACCUCUUGAUUUUUCCGUCUGGCUUCUUCGUGCUCGCCGUCUGUUAGAGAGUCAGGUCCAGGCAGGCGAGACCCUCUGGGCGCACGCUACUGGUGCCCUACCUGCGCCCCCCGACCCUACGCCUUUAGGACCUGCCCCUGACGACGCCGCUAGAGCCCGCUUUGCCACUCAGCGAGCUGACCAGACGGCUUGGACGUCACGUGACGCUGCGGCCUGCAUCGCGCUCAGCAGCCUCCUCCCUGAGUCUGAGGAGGUUCACUUCACUCAGGUUCGCACCGCUGCUGCGUACCUCACUGCGAUUAAGGCCCGCUACUCUACUCCCGCUGCUGUCUCUCUUGGCCGCCUGUUCCUCCCAUUCCUGUUUCCUGACCUGGCGUCUUUUGAGCGCUCUGCUGACUUGAUCGCUCACCUCCGCUCGCUCGACGCUAGUUACCGCGCUGCUUGCACUGAGGCACAGCUUGCACUGCUUCCUCCCCCUAUGGCGAUUACUAUCUAUUUCAUCGCCACUAGCCUCCCUGACCGCCUUGCCUCCGUUCGCGACGCGCUUCUGCUGAAGCACCCUAGUGAGCUCACCGUCGAGGUCCUUGAGUCUGCACUCAAGGACGUCGAGAGCAACCUUCGCUCGGUAGCCGCUGCCUCUGGUGCUGUGCCCCCCCCACUCUUCCACGGGUGCACAGUCCCGCAGUUACCCACCUUUACUGCCUCACUUGCCACUGCCGCUACUGACGCGACUGCAGCUGCUGUUACGACUGCGUCGCGGUCCCGCGGUAGGAGUGGCAAGAAAGGCGGUUCUGGUGGUGGUAGUGGAGGUGGAGGCGGAGGUAGUGGAGGUGGCGUUGCGCCUGGCGGCGGUGGAGGUUCAGGGCCUGGAGAGGCGCCUCGUGCAGUGACUGGUGACUCCACUGCGCCUGCUGGUGGUGGCGACGCCCGAGUUCGUCAGUCGCCUCCUGUACUUCCUGCCCCGGUUGGUGGAGCAGCGGCGUGGUACCAGGCUCAGCGUCAGCAGCAGCUUCUGCAGCACCAGCAGCCCCUCUCCUCCCAGCAGCCUCAGCAGCAGCAGCGGCAGCAGCUGGCUCCAGGGUCGGGGCUGCGUCAGACCCAGCGCGGUGCUGCUUACACUCCCUGCACCUACCAGGUUCUGACAGGCACUCGUCGUGGCCACCCUUGUGGCCGGUUUCACCCCCCUGGUCAGUGCUUUGCUCAGCUCACUGACACGGUUCGUUUGGUCUACGGGGUUGGUGCUCCUGCCCCUGACUGGCUGCCUCUUGUUCAGCGUUACGGCUCCGCUCUGUGGGGCAUGUCUGCUGAGCAGUUAGUUGAUCUGAUUGCUUAG